UCUGGCAUCGAAAGCUCUUAUGUAACUGUUUGAGGGUGUGUUGAUUUUGCUUGUAAACUUUAUCCUCCGCCAGUGUCAGCAGUAAGUGGAUGGGCAGGGCUGUGCCUGUUGAUUUUGCUUGUAAACUUUGUCCUCCGCCAGUGUCAGCAGCAAGUGGAUGGGCAGGGCUGUGCCUGCUGCUAUCAGGUUUCCCUCUACCCCAAUCACUCCUCCCUCCUACAGCUGCAGGGGUGCACCUGGCUGGGGAAGAUGCCGCUGCAGGCUGUCCCUGGGUUAAUGUGGCUCUGGCAGAACAUGCCCUUUCAGACACUGGCCAUGUUCUUAGGCCUAUUCCUGCUGAUUGCUGAUUACACGAAAAGGAGACGGCCAAAGAAUUUCCCUCCAGGACCUUUGCCCCUGCCCUUCCUGGGCCACAUCCUCCAUAUUGAUGUCAAACAGCCCCAUAGAACUGUAGAGAAGCUUGCUGGAAAAUAUGGCAACAUUUUCAGCUUGCAGUUAGGUAACCUGACAUUUGUGAAUGUAAAUGGAUUCCAGCUAGUGAAGGAAGUGCUUGUCCAUCGAGGUGAAUACUUUCUUGAUCGCCCACAAAUUCCUCUGAUUUACGAAAUCUUCGGUACAUUUGGAUUAAUCUUCUCUAAUGGACUUAGCUGGAAACAACAUAGAAGAUUUGCUUUAUCAACUCUAAGAAACUUUGGCCUGGGGAAGAGGAGUUUAGAAGAACGAAUACAGGAGGAGAGCAGAUACCUCACAGAUGCAAUUGAGGAAGAAAAAGGGCAACCUUUUGACCCUCACUUUAAAAUUAACAAUGCUGUUUCCAACAUAAUCUGUUCUGUCACUUUUGGGGACCGGUUUGAAUAUCAUGAUAGUCACUUCCAGAAGUUACUGCGGUUGAUUGAUGAGACGUUGUACCUCCAGGGAAGUAUUUGGAGCCAGCUGUAUAACUCCUUCCCCACCAUAAUGAAGUGGAUACCUGGACCCCAUCACACCAUUUUUAAAAACUGGGAAAAAUUGAAGAGUUUUGUGAGGGAAAUGACUGUAAAGCACAGAGAGGACUGGAAUCCAUCUGAAACCAGAGACUUCAUUGACUGUUAUCUGAAGGAAAUAGCAAAGGCUGAUGCUGAUUCUAGUUUCUGUGAAGAAAAUCUGAUAUUUUCCACACUGGAUCUUUUUUUUGCUGGAACUGAGACGACAUCUACAACCAUCCGCUGGGCUCUGCUGUACAUGGCCCUAUAUCCAGACGUUCAAGAAAGAGUGCAAGCGGAGAUUGACGCAGUGAUUGGCCAGUCUCGCCAGCCAGCCAUGGACGACAGGGACAACAUGCCAUACACCAAUGCAGUUAUUCAUGAAGUGCAAAGGAUAAGCAACAUCGUGCCUUUAAAUGUGCCCAGAAUGGCAACUAGUGACACAACACUGGCCGGAUUCUAUGUACCAAAAGGCACCGUUUUGAUUCCCAAUUUGACAUCAGUGCUGUUUGACAAGAAUGAGUGGGAAACCCCUCAUACUUUUAAUCCUAAGCAUUUCCUGGAGGAUGGUCAGUUCAAGAACAGAGAAACUUUCCUUCCAUUCUCUGCAGGAAAGCGCGGUUGCCUUGGUGAGCCGCUGGCUAGAAUAGAGUUGUUCCUGUUCUUCACUGCCCUCCUUCAGAAAUUCACAUUCCAAGCUCCAAAGGACGUGAAGCUAAGCCUUCAGUUCAGAGUGGGAAUGACUCUCUGCCCACAGCCAUACCAGAUCUGUGCGCUGUCUCGGUAG